UUCACCUGGAAAAGUACCCGGCCGAUAAAAAAGGCUGCUGACACGUGGAGAGAGACAGAGCCACUGCCUUUAUUGGAACAAAACCCUAAAACAGGUUGAAGCAAUAAAGAUAAAAAAGAGAUCAUGUAUGCCAGGGCUGUGUGGGUGGAGCAUGGCAAGGAAGUGGAGGGAACUGCCCCAGACAACUGGAUUGAUGUUGACAACAAAACCAUUAGAUGGCCAAAAAAAGGGGAAAAGGCAGCUUUCCUCAAUAAACACCCCCCUCAGGAUGACUGGAUGACAUUCACCUUGGUGAAACGUAAAAUGACUUCCGUAAACAUUUGUGAAUGCGAUGAUUAUGACAUGACAAGCUAUGUCGAGGAGGAAGAGCAGGAAAAUGAGGAAGUAAGAGGAAGGAGGAAAAAGACCCAACGCAAGUUUGAGGACUAUGUUCUUGAAUCUGACGAGUUGGAGGCAGAAGAAAACGUCACUGAUGCCAUUGUCAAGGCGCCCUCCUUUCCCAUUCCACCAACAAAGGUGACUAAGUCCAUCCAGAUUGAGUCUGCUGGAUUUAACAAAACGUUCACUGACAUUGGACGUUCAAAUUCAGCCAGGUCUCACCAAGUGCAGGGUGCUGGGUCCAGGGACAGGUCCACAGGCAACUCUGGACAUUCAAAUGUAAACCAAGCCAGCCAGUCGAGGGGUGUUGAGCCCAGUCACCAGUCCAGCCACAGCGACGGGUCCCAGCACAGCGAUGGGUCCCAGCAGAGCGACGGGUCCCAGCACAGCAACCCAUACCGACACAGAAAGCGGUCCAGGCACAGCGACGGGUCCAGGCACAGCGACCGGUACCGACACAGGAAGCGGUCCAGACACAGUGACGGGUCCAGGCACAGCGACGGGUCUCAGCAAAGCAAAGUGUACCAACACAGAAAGCAGGCCAGGCACAGCGACCAGAUGGGACACGACAAGCAGUCCAGGCACAGAGAUUUGUCUAAAAACGAUGACGAAAGUGUUCAAACGCCACUUUCAAGAUACACUGGGAGGUCUUUCUCAGAGCAGAGUAACAGGUCCUCUGCACAUGAAUCCAGUACAGGGCCUCGUAGGGAAACGGACUUAAGAUUUCCAAUGGCCAUGGCAAAGUUUCAGAAAAAAGUCUUAACUAAAUUGGUGGAUAUCCACAUGGAGGUCAGAAGGCUGGGAAAAAGCGAGCCUCCCCUGUCAUCUGCCCAUAUAGAGCUACUGGAGACAAUGGAGGAGUUUGACAGACAGGAGGAACGCCUGAAGGACAAGCAAGCCUUUGAGUCCCUGGUUUUGCAACUUGCAAGAAUUGGAGGGAAAGAUGUAAGGGAUUGUGUCCACAAAAUUCUUGACAGGUAUUUAACAGGAUAGAUAACAGGAUCCCUACAUGUAACAUGCAUAAUACACAUAACACGAUAUGUUUCUUGUCACAGUUUUCCAGUCGACAGAGGAUGUUACAUAUGUUAACCAACUUAUACUAUACACUUUAUUCAUCAGGCCACUGUCUGAAACAAGUAAGCUGUGGAAAAACAGGAAGAGCUCUAGAGUU